UUAUUUUUUCUUUUUUUCAGGGACCUGCCACUUCAGGAGUUGCCAUUUUAUAACAAAUAUGAGCUCCUUAAGACAGGGGUCUUAUCUGUUUUAGUCACCACUGUAUCUCCAGAGCCUUAAACAAAGUCUAGCACAAAGGAGGUACUCAAUAAAUAUUUGUCAAAUGAAUGGAUGAAUUCUAUGUUCAUACUCCUCAAAAUAAGGGUACCACCCCAGGAAAAAAGGGAAAGAAGGAAUACUUUCAGUUCCAAAACAGUGGUAGAGAAGCAAGCUGGCUUCACUCCCCUCCACAGAAAACCCAAAACAAAUAUACAGUGCUGAGAUUUUCAUCAGCAACAACCCAGAGCUCAAAUAUGACAAUAGGACAGUUCCUGGGGCCACAGAGAGAUGAAAAAACUCUGAGCAGAUGGUAAGAGCAUCUGAUUUCCACAUCUGCAAUGCCCCUCCCCCAACUCAUGGUUUCUACACUGGAAAAAGUGAGACUGAGGUGGUCAACUACCUUCCCCAUCUUCCUGGGUGCCCUGGCAGGAGACCUAACCUUGACUUAACCCAUGGGAGGCAUUACAACUGCCUGAAAGGGGAAAUAUCCCUGAGGACAGGCAGAGAGAAAGGGGGGAGGCAGGACUAUCACACCCAGCCCCAGAAACUCUGCUCUGUUACUUGGCCAAAGGAGACGCCAAAUCAGAGUGGCUGCUCAGCAGCACUGCGUUGCAGGAAGUAUGUUCCACAGGUCUCUCCAUACACGAAUCUCUAGCCAGCCUUGACACACAGCUGGGAUAAUCCCUUUGGGACCUCCUCAUUCAGGACAGACAAUGCUCUGGUCAUUUACUAAAGCCAAGGUGAACCUGGGCUUAAGGUGUCACCUAAAGCCAAAGAGGAGGAAGUGACCUAGCAGUAAAGAUUUGCUAAGCAAAUAUAUCCAAUAAAAACCAAAGCAAGCCAAACAGAGAAAAUUGGAAUAAGUAACUCAUCUUUCAAUACAAAGACAUAGGUAUAUACCCAAAAUAAACAAUAGCAAACAGGGAACCAUAACCUCCCCACAAGGACAAAGCAAAAAUACAAUGACUGACCCUAAAAUGACAGCAAUUUGUGAUCUCUGACCAAGAAUUCAAACUGGUAGUUUAAAGGAAACACUGUUAUCUCCAAGAGAUGGCUGGAAAACAAUUAAGAAAUUUACCAGAGAAGUUUAACAAAGAGAUUGAAACAAUGAAAAUAAAUCAAACAGAAAUCUUGAAACAGAAACACAUUUGCUGAAACGAAGAGCUCAUUAGAGACUCUGAAUAGCAGACUGGACCAAGUGGAGGAAAAAAAUCAGUGAGCUCGAAGACUGGCUAUUUGAAAAAUACACAGUCAGACUGGGCGUGGUGGCUCACACCUGUAAUCCCAGCACUUUGAGAGGCCGAGGUGGGUGGAUCACAAGGUCAGGAGUUCGAGACCAGCCUGGCCAACAUACUGAAACCCUGUUUCUACUAAAAAUACCAAAAUUAGCCAGGCAUGGUGGUAGAUGCCUGUAAUACCAGCUACUUGGGAGGCUGAGGCAGGAGAAUCACUUGAACCCGGGAGGUGGAGGUUGCAGUGAGCUGAGAUUGUACCACUGCACUCCAGCCUGGGUGACAGAGCAAGACCCUGUCUUGAAAACAAAAGAAGUCAGAGGAAAAAAUAAAAAGAAUGAAAAGGAACAAAGACCACCUACAAGACCACAAGAUACAGAAAAUUGCCUCAAAAGACCAAAUUUAAGAACGAUUGGCUGGCGUGGUGGCUCACGCCUGUAAUCACAGCACUUUGGGAGGCUGAGGUGGGUGGAUCAUCUAAGGUCAGCAGUUUGCAACCAGCCUAACCAACAUGGAGAAACCCCAUCUCUACUAAAAAUACAAAAUUAGCCGGGUGUGGUGGUACAUGCCUAUAAUCCCAGCUACUUGGGAGGCUGAGGCAGGAGAAUCACUUGAACUCGGGAGGCGGAGGUCGUGGUGAGCUGAGAUCACACCAUUGCACUCCAGCCUGGCCAACAAGAGCGAAACUCUGUCUCAAAAAAAAAAAAAAAAAAAAAGAAUGAUUGGUUUUCAAGAGGGAGCUAAGCAAGAGCAAGGGUAGAAAGCUUAUUCGAGGAAAUAAUCACAGAAAAUUUUCCAAAACUUGAGGAAGAAAGAAAUAUCCAGGUACAGGAAGGCCUGAGAACAUCAAACAGGUCCAACCCAAAUAAGACUACCCUAAGGCAUAUAAAAGUCAAACUCUCAAAAGUCAAGGACAAAGAAAGUAUCCUAAAAUACACAAGAGAAAAGAAGCAAAGAACACAUAAAGGAGCUCCAAUUUGUCUGGCAAUAGAUGUUUCAAUGCAAACCUUAUACAGGCCAAGAGAGAGAGGAAUGACAUUUUCCAAGCGCUCAAAGAAAAAAAAUCUGACAUCUAAGAAUACUGUACCCAGCAAGAUUAUUUUAUUUUCCAAAUAUGAAGGAGAGAUAGUCUUUCCCAUACAAACAAAAGGUGAGAAUUUACCACCACCAGAUCCAUCUUACAGUAAGUGUUAAAAGUAGUUCUUCGAUCUGAAAGAAAAAAACACUAAUGUGGUAGCGGAAGUUACUGCAGGGGCGGUGUUGUGCUGUGGGGAAGGAAGAAGGAUUUGUAAACCCUGAAGCGAGGUUCUGCUUACCCGAGGCCGCUGCUGUGCGGAGACCCCCGGGUGAAGCCACUGUCAUCAUGUCUGACCAGGAGGCAAAACCUUCAACUGAGGACUUGGGGGAUAAGAAGGAAGUGGAAUAUAUUAAACUCAAAGUCAUUGGACAGGAUAGCAGUGAGAUUCACUUCAAAGUGAAAAUGACAACACAUCUCAAGAAACUCAAAGAAUCAUACUGUCAAAGACAGGGUGUUCCAAUGAAUUCACUCAGGAUUCUCUUUGAGGGUCAGAGAAUUGCUGAUAAUCAUACUCCAAAAGAACUGGGAAUGGAGGAAGAAGAUGUGAUUGAAGUUUAUCAGGAACAAACGGGGGGUCAUUCAACAGUUUAGUUUUAAAAUUUGAGGGUCUGGACCAAAAGAAGAGGAAUAUCAGGUUGAAGUCAAGAUGAUAGAUAAGGUGAGAGUAAUGACUAACUCCAAAGAUGGCUUCACUGAAGAAAAGGCAUUUUAAGAUUUUUUAAAAAUCUUGUCAGAAGAUCCCAGAAAAGUUCUAAUUUUCAUUAGCAAUUAAUAAAGCUAUACAUGCAGAAAUGAAUACAACAGAACACUGCUCUUUUUGAUUUUAUUUGUACUUUUUGGCCUGGGAUAUGGGUUUUAAAUGGACAUUGUCUGUACCAGCUUCAUUAAAAUAAACAAUAUUUGUAAAAAAAAAAAAAAACACUAAUGUGCAAAAAUAAAAUUUUUCAAGAUAUAAAACCCAAGAUGUAAAAUUAAGUUCAUAGACAAACCCAGAAUACUAUAUUACUAUAAUGGUGGUACGCAUCCACUUAUAACUUUACUAUGAAGCCCAAAAGACAAAUCUAUCAAAAGCAAUAAUAGCUAUAGCAACAUGUUAAAGAGAUAGUCAAAAAGGCAGGAACAGAAAUGGAGUUAAAUGUAUAAUUUCUGAGUGUGUUUUUGCCUUUGUUUUUGGUCUUGUGUUUGUGAUAUAAGAUAAGCUGUCAUCUCUUUAAAAUACCUUACUCUAUCUAUAAGACUUUUUUUGUGUGAAUCUCACGGUAAUUACAGCACAAAAACUAUUAAUAUAUACUCACUAAAAAUAAAAAGCAUUAAAUUAAAACAUAUUACCAAAGAAAAUCACUUAACCACAAAAGAAGGCAGUAAGAAAAGGAAGAGAGAAGCCUCAAAAAAAAAACAGAAAACAAGCAAAAAACAG